AUGACAUAUAAAAUCUAUGCUUGGGGAGAUGGCAAAUCAAUUGCACCUUUUGAUGUCUCAUCUCAUAUCCUAAACCAUUUAAUUCAAGAAAAUAAUUUGAAAGAUUUUGAGUUGAUCGUAAAUUCUAAUAUAUUCCAGUCACACUCAGGUAGACUACCUUAUUUGGUGGACGAAGACUGUCCAAAUAAGCAAGCUACGGGAUUUGUUGAGAUUCUGAAGAUUAUCAAAGAUCAUACAGCUAAAAGUAAUCAACAUACAUCACCUAAAUUAAACCUCCUAUAUCUUGCGUUCUUGGAUGACUUGGUUGAAAAUCUAGAACUCAUCACAAUGUACAAUUUCUUCUUUUUGAAAAAAAACUAUGAAGGAUUUACAAGAGGUAUAUUUCAAAGUUAUCUAACAUGGCCAAUGCAAUAUAAACCACCGGUUGAUCUUCGCAACCAUGCAAUAGAAAUAUGUCUGGAAAAUGGAAUAAUCAAUCAAGAGUCAGUACCUAAUGGUGAAGCAACUUAUUUUAACUCCAAUUUAGAGGAUGAGUUGGAAAACCUAAACUCUGAGGAAAAAAAACUAAGGGAUACUCCUGUAAUCAAUGAGUUACAGAAAUCGCAAAUGGACCAACAACUUGCUGUUUUGGCUGAAAGAAAAACAAUGGUCUCAAAUAUGCAAUGCUUAAAUAGAUUGAAAACUCUUUUAGCUAAAUUUGAGGAUUUUAAAUCGAAGAUAAAUGAUCCAGUUUUCGAGCUAAUCGUAAAUUACUACAUGAAACUAAAUAGUUUCGAUCAACUACCUGAAAAGUUUAUUUCGAUGUGGCUACAGAGAGAAUACCCAAAACUUUACAAAGAAGUGACAGACUUGAAAAUUAUUCCUAUUGAUAACAAUACAGAGAAAGUUCCGCUGUCCACAGCUUUAAAAAAAACGUUAACCUCCUUUCUGUAG